AUGCCGUUUGGACUAAAAGCGCAACUAUUCGUUUUGAUUGUGUCGUCACUUUUAAUUACAGAAAUACAGACAACUGACAAAACAUGUCCUCCGCAGGAAGCAAUUUUACCAUGCAGGUGUUUGAUCAAAGGAAAAGAGUACCAAAUAUGGUGUUCUCACAGCAAUUUAUCUACUGUACUGGAGAGCCUCAAAUCCAUUGCCAAUUAUAUAACAAUACCCAUAGACGAACUAAUAAUAGAAAACAAUUAUUUACCUUCCCUUCCAGGACGAACAUUCUCACCCUUAAAGAUACUGCGACUAAUGUUACGAUACAACACUUUAGAGCGAGUUUCUACAGACUGGCUAGCAGAUUUAGAAUCAAGUCUAAUGGAGCUCUUUAUAGUAGAACCAAAACUUAGCAGUCUUCCUCAAUCAUCCUUGAUGCAUCUAAAAAACCUUAAAGCUGUAACGAUAAGAUCAAAGUUAUUAAAGCGGUUACCGAUAUUUUCUGGAUUACCUGUUCUAAGAUAUGUUCAAGUAGAAUCGACUUCCUUAGUAGAAAUUUCUGCGUCAAAUUUCAAAGACAAUCCUUCUCUCGAGAAAUUUCAUUUACAGUUUUGUCCAAAACUAAACAGACUUGAGGCUAAUGUCUUUGACGAUCUUCCCAAGUUAGAUCUUAUUAAUAUUACUUACUGUGGAUUAGAGUGGGUACAUCCACGAACAUUUAGUAGGCUACCUAGUCUUAAGGAAUUAUCACUAGUAGGUAACAAAAUCAGCGAUCCUGGCAUGAUAGGAAGAAGUAGUAGAGAGCUACCGAAUUUGGAAAUUAUUAAAUUAGAUUAUAAUUAUAUAGGUAUCAUAGAAGAAGCCACUUUUGUAGAUAUGCGGUCUUUAAAGAAAAUUUAUCUGUCUAAUAAUGUGAUAGGGGAAAUACGAAAAGGAGCGUUUCAUAUACUCCCUGCGCUUAAAACUUUAGAUCUUAGUAAAAAUAUGAUAAGAAGAAUUCAACACCAAAGCUUUUAUCAACCCAGUGUGCUUGAAGAACUAUACCUUCAAGAUAACGCUUUAAGUAACGUUGUGCAACUAAGGUCAAUAUUAGAAGAUCUCCCUAGAUUAAUAUAUCUAGAUGUUAGUUAUAAUAGACUAGAUGCUAUACCCUUUAGAUCUCUAAUGGGUCAUUCCACUUUAGAGCAACUCAACUUAGGUUACAAUCAAUUGCAAAUGAUAGACAAAGAGGCAUUUAUAGGUAUGCCUGCUUUGAGAGACCUUAUUCUCACAAAUAAUUCUAUCGCUGAUACCCGAAGGGCUCCGUUUUGGAAUCUUCCUGCUUUAAAAAGCGUACAACUGUCUAAGAAUUAUUUGAGAAGGCUAGAACCUAGGUUUUUAAUGAACAUAGGGGCACUAAGAAGAGCUGACCUUAGUCAAAAUGGCUUAAAUUUUAUAGAUCCAGAAGCUUUUCUACCUACUCCCUUAUUAGAGCAUAUUAAUAUGUCUAGCAAUAAUAUUAAAAAUUUUCAUCCACUUACUUUUAGACACUUAACACAGCUUUAUGAGCUUGAUGUCAGUCAUAAUAAUUUAAAAACUCUUAUUCCUGGAUUACCUAGAAAUAUAGAGCAUCUCAUAUUGAAGCAUAAUGAGAUUUCUUCAAUAUCUUUUAUAGACUUGAAUUUGCCAUCGCUAAGGCUAUUGGAUUUAAGCGGAAAUAGAAUCCAAAGUCUCGGAGAGGAUCAGCUCAAAAGCUUGCACCAUUUAAGAAAAUUGUAUUUAAGUUCAAACUUUUUGCGGAUAUUGCAAGAACGGUCGUUAGAAGGAUUAAUUAAAUUAGAGACACUGGAUUUAAGUGACAAUAGAAUUUCUGAAAUUCACCCCUUGGCUAUGGCAUCAAUCUCAGAGUUAAAAUAUUUGAACGUUGCCUACAAUCAACUUACUCUAAUUGGACCCAGUCUUUUGAGAAAUGCAAAGGAUUUAAGAAAACUGUAUGCUGGCUAUAAUCAGUUAGCAGAAAUUUUGGGUCAAAGCUUUGAUGAAAAUUUAAAUCUAGAAGAACUUGAUCUUGCCAGUAACCUUUUAGUUCAAUUUCCUCAAACAAUUUAUGGACUAGAAAAGCUUAAAAAACUUGAUUUAAGUAGUAACAGGUUGAAAAAUAUUAACUCCACUAUUGUAUCCAGUCUUACCAACUUACGAGAAAUUAAACUAAGUAAAAACUUUAUUCAAAUACUGGAAGGCAAUUCAUUCGGUAAUUUAAAAAAUCUAAAAAGUAUAUAUUUAGACGAAAACGACAUCAUGUUAGUUGAACAGAAUUUUAUUAAAAUGCUACCGUCAUUAAAGAUGUUAAAACUGCAAAGGAAUAAAUUAGAAGAGCUACCUAUUCAGACGUUUAACACAUUACUAAGUUUACAGAAUUUGGACCUGCAGGAAAAUAACGUCAAGAUAAUAGACCCUAAUGCAUUCCAUUUGGUACCACAAUUACUAACUCUAAACCUAAGCCAUAAUGAGAUUUCUAAAAUCGAAGAUGCUGGUUUACAAAACUUAAGAUCUCUAGAACUUUUGGACAUGAGUUUCAAUAAAAUUACCACGAUGAGUCCUAGUUUAAGUCAACUGGAGUGGUUAGUUGAGCUAAGACUAAAAAAUAAUCUUAUUUGCGAGGUUGAAGAAGGGGUUUUUACAAAUAUGCCAAGGCUAAAAGUUUUAGAUUUAAGAAGUAAUAAACUUGUCGCCUUUCCUGAAGUUGCUGUUGAAAGAUUAAGAGAAAAUACUGCCAAACUGGAUGUAAGAGGUAACCCUCUGGAAUGUUCAUGUGACAUGCUUUGGUUAAAAUCUUGGUUAAGGGAGUCUAAUCAAAACAGUCCGAGAUGUUCUGAUGGUACUCUGCUAAAAGAAAUGCCAUUAUCCUUACGUGACUGUCCUGCAGAAGCGAGAAAUGAAAAACCGUUCUCCGGGUGCGAUACGGAACUUCUAAAUGCUCCCAACUUUGGCAACAUGCAAAUGUAUUCUAAAUACGCAAGCCUUAAAAAUUUUUCAGCGAAUUCAUCACGAGGAAAAAAUCAUUUAGCCCCAAACCCCGAAGAAUCUGAAUACUUUUAUGAUGAAUACAUUGACUAUCCAUUUAACGAAAGUGCAGUGGAUCCCAAUGGUUUUCUUGGUGACAAAAUGAAAGAUAAAGGGCACACUAUUGUGGAAAGGGUUCCCAUAACUACAAGGAAACCUAAAAAUCAUACAACAGGAAAUACACCUGUAUUGUAUGCUGCACCAUCUAAAAAGCAAAAACCGACAAUUCCUCAAAAAAUUCCAGAUUCACCAAGUACUAGUGGUUUUACAUUUUUCGGUAUUCCACUUCCAGCGCUAAACCUUAACAACAUUUUUCCAAAAAAAGAAAAUAAUGGAGUAGCACCACAACAAGCUGAAAGAAAAAAUGCGAUCGUAAAUAAUCCACGAAUGGAUAAAAGACAACCUCCGAUGAAAGGAGGAAUGAUGAUACCUCAAAUACACUUGGUACCUCACAUUUCGCAAAAUAUACAGAAUAUUCACCAGAUACAAAGACCACCGCCAGAGCUACAGGGAGGAUUUAUGCCUAUGUUGCCAGAAUCUGGAGGUUUUCAACCAAUUCCGGACCCGAGGUUUACCCAUACAACUACAGGGCCUCCAAACAUUCAAAGGCCUAUAGAAAAUAGUUCUCCUUCCGAAGUAUUAAGUAAUAUAUCACAAGACACAACUACGGUGGAAAAUGAAAGCGAUGAAUCUGAAGAGUAUCCAGAUAUUGAUGACGACAUCAAACCGUUAGAAAAUCAGUUGCAGGAAAAAAAUUAUAAUUUAGAACAAAUAACCAAUAGAAGUUCGCUACUUAUCUCGGCUGAUAGUACAUCACAGAACAAUAACAGAAACAAGAAAAGUCAAUUGGUAGAUGGAAAGAUUAAUAUUACCCGAUUAGAAAGUAUUGCAAACGUUCAAAUAUUUAAUAAGAGCGAAUCCCACAGUUUUAUUAAAGAGUAUUCACCUGCGAGUUCUUCAAUAUCUGAAGAUACGUUAUCAUCGACGGUUAAAGCUGACGAAGCCAAAAUUGCGUUGGUUAGAGAAACAACAUCUUUACCAGAACCUGCAACUCCUAUAAUAACACCUCAAAAAGUAACGGACAAAUCAAGUCAAAUAGAACUGAUAAAAAAUAUGGAAAAAACAAGUAUACUUGAUAAUCCUCAGUCAAUUAAACCAUUUGAGCCAACUGUUAUUACCUCCUAUGAAGAUGAAGUUAAAGAUCCGGAAUUAUCUGGCAUGGAAACGCAGAUAAAAGAGACUGAACAAAAAUUUGUUACAACAGAAAUGCCAAAAAAUGAUAAUAAACCUGUAUUAAAAUUAGAGAAACACAAUUCUUCUGGUUCUCUCCUUUCGACGUUACUAGUACCAGGUGGUAAUCAACCUCUUUUUAAACCCACAGCCAGAUCAACCAUCACUAAAGUAGCAUCGCCACAUGAAGGAAAUAUUAACGAUCCUCUAGUAUCUACAAUACAAGUGUCCGAAUCGGAAAAUGGCAAAGUGAAAACAGAAAAAGAAUUUAAUAAGCUGGAAGAGAAUAUUAUAACAUCCACUGAAGAAGGCAGUAACGAAAAUUGGUACUUCGAGAACUACAACAAGAAAAAUUUGGAACCGUUUGUAGCUAAAGUUGUUAAUGAUAAAAACUUGGCAGUGAAGAGGGAGUUUUAUAGUGUGUUUAUAUUAUUAUCAUUUAUAACUGCGGUUUUGCGGUAA